ACUGCUCUCACGUAUACUUUGGACAUGGCUGAGAGUCACAAGAAGCAAACUGUGUACACAUUUAUGAGAAUAAGAGGAAGGCCUCAGUAGAAAGAAAUAAGACCAGAGUGGAUUUGGGAGAUUUUAUUUCCACACAAUCCCAAGGUAAGACAAUUUGGGCAUGAGCAGUUAUCCAAAAAGGGACUUGGGGAAACUUCCGGAAAAAAUGCUGACUCUACCUUUAAGUAAGAAUAUGAAAUCAACCCACUGGUUGUGGGUACAACUGAAGUUGUCAUUUGCAGUAGUUAUCUAGUAGUUAGUAGAUGGGUGCUUAUUUUUCCCCCUUUAAUUACACUCCAUUCUACCUGGCGUCGAUAUUAAAUGCAUGCAAAUUAAAUUCAAUGUAUGUAUGUAUGUAUGUAUGUAUGUAUGUAUGUAUGUAUGUAUGUAUGUAUGUGAUUGGACUGGAUUAGAUCAAUUUCAUGAUAUAUAUUUUAUGCAUAUGAAUUUGACCUCACUGAAUUGAAUAAAAUCUUCAAACAACUAAAUAUGUUUUACAUGUGAGCAAGUGACAAGUACAGAACGCUUCUGUUAGCAAGCUGACUAGCAGUAUGCAGCAACAUGCGGGGGAGGGGAAGAAAUGCGUUACACUGCGCUUCUAGAGUUGCAGAAAACUUGGUUCACUCUAAGGGCUUUCAUUGGGAUCUCAUUAAGAACCGUGCAGCAGUGUGAUGGAAAAUCUUUGUGUUUUUUCGAAACACUAACUUCUUAAAAAAACCCAGUCCUCUUUGAUGCCAGUAUCCAGCCCAUGCCUAUCGCUGAUACACGAACAGGAAUAUUCCAAGGAUGUGAAAAGCAUUUUUUUUUUUCCCCCUGCAGUAUCACAUUAGAAACCCCACAUUCAUGCCCAUCUAAGCUAGCUGCAGCAAAACCACUGCAGAUGUGCAUCUCUUGCCGUGUGCAUCUUUCUCUCUGUGUAUGUGUGUGUGUGUGUGUGUGUGUGUGUUUAUGCAGUGUAUCCUGCUCCUAUACCAUAAAAGGGAAGGAUAGCCUGCGACACACCAGAACUGCCUCUGGUGGUUUCUUAGCCAAGACGAGGAGCAGAGACGGAAAGAGAUCAAAUCGAGCGGAAGCAACAAGGUAUACAGACAAACUGGACAGUGACAACCCCCCCCCCCCGCCCCUCCAAAUCCCCCGGCUGAUUACAUGCACGGUUUUAAUCAGAUGUAGACCUGUAACCAGGCUCAAAUGCUCACAUAGCCAAUGUACAGUACGAGCCGAAUAUCAAUCGCAUUUCUAAAAAUAACAUCCCCGCUUGCACCCCCUGCUUUAGUCCUCCCCUCCGCUUUUCCUUUUUCCAGCUAGCAGCAGCUUCUCUUGGAACACGCUCCAUAAAGCUCAGCCCUAUGAGGGGGUGCAGGAAUGUACCAAGGCAAGCAAACUAUCUUUCAUUAGCCACCGUCGUCCAAGACUUCAAUCACGUGGAGAGAUGCAAGGACUCACUAUACAUGGGCACGCCGCCACGGGGGAUUAUCGACAACAGGCUCAAGAAGAUCUGCCAACGCUACGCAGACAAACCUCGGUUCGUGACGCUGUACGAUCCUCACAAGCGGAUCCCGGUUUACUCAGCUUACACCUUUAAGAAAACAGAGGGAGACAGUCGCGUUGACUACCCUUGGAUGUACGAACCACAGCUGGCUGAAAUCGACGGAAAUGGGAACAUGAUGCCUUUCCCCACAGGCUACCUCCACAUGAAGUUUGAGGACAGCCAGGCGGUGCUGGAUGACUACUCUGACGUCGUCCUUUACGAACGAGGCCACUUGAACCCGGACCAGCACCAGUCCACUCCGCACGACCGCGCUGCCACCUACACGCUGACCAACGUGGUCCCGGAGAUCAGGGAGUUCAACAUCGGGCCGUGGCGUGAGUAUGAGGAGCGGAUCCGGGUGCGCCUCAACAACUUCUGCCGCGGCACUGCCUACAUCGUCACCGGCGUCACCACCAGGGGCAACACGAUCCGCCGCAACAACCAGGACCGCGUGGCCAUCCCGGAGGACGUGUGGUCCGCCUACUGCUGCACCGAGUACGACCGCAACUCGCCCCACGACGUGCGCAUCCUCUUUCCGUCCCACGCGGCCCUGGCCAAGAACUCCAAAGAGGGGAACAGCGUUCACGAGAUGACGGUGCAGGAGCUGGAGAUGUUCCUCAAAAACCACAUGGACGUUGACCAGAACCUGCAGAUCUUCUAUGACAACUGCGUAUCUCCCUCACCUCUUCCACUUUACCUUCAACACACCAUCUGAGGGAUGCUGCCAUCUGAGUUAAACUUAGUCCUAUGAUCACACACGUGUUUUACACAAUUGCUUGCUUCAAAAGUCUUUAGUCCUAAAUUUAUCCUCAUAAGAAAGGGAAUUAAUGUUUCUGCAAUAAAAUAAAUAGAUCAUCUUUUGAUUAGAUCACAAUUUGUAAGUGAAUUUGAUCUGUUAUAUUACUCUAUUUUGUUGACAAUAUGAUCAUAAUGAUGUGUGGGAGGUAAUGGAAAUUAUUUAAUAAAAUAUCCCCAUUUACCCACUUUUA